CCGAAGCCGCUCGACGCAGCAUCUCCGCCACACCCUCCCCUCCAUGCUGCUGCUCGCCACUGCCACCGUUGUCCACACGGCGCCCCGCGCCGCCGUCGCCGGCCGCUCCGCUCCGCUAGCGCGGUCCUCGGCGCCUCGCCUCGCCGUCGAGUCUGUGUCGUCGCUCGAGGCGGAGUUUGAGGCGGUCAAGGCCGCAUCUGUCGUGGCCGAGGCGCUGGCACCGAUGGUAACUGCGUCACCGGCCCGCCGCCAAAGAAAAAGGGACGCGGUCCGCGGCGCGCUGCGGUCGGUCGGCUCUGCCCUCACCCUGCGCCGCACUCUGGACGAGGCGGCAAAGGAAAUUGUCGACGAGUCGUGCGACCUGGACGAGCCCGAGGUGUGCACCGACGAGUCCGUGUACCGUCGGACGGUGAGCAGCCUCGUCGGCGUGAUGAGUCGCACGCUGCGCUUCUCGCGCGGCGAGGCGACCGCGGCGGAGCUUGCGGCGACCGGCGACGAGAUGGAGGCCGGGUGGGAGAGCAAGGCGCAAGGAUCGGCGCUGAAGCGGACGCUCGAGGUCUGGGCGUUCCUCGCCUCGGCCGCGCUCAAGGUGCUCAAGGCCUCGAAGGCCAAGGGCGGGCCGGAGGCGGCCUCUGCCGCGAAGACGGCCGCCGCAGAGUUCAUCCGCGACUCCCUCUUCAAGCUCGGGCCGACGUUCGUCAAGCUCGGGCAGGUUGUGUCGACGCGGACCGACGUGCUCGAGAAGGAGUACAUCGAGGUGCUGCGCGACCUGCAGGACAACGUGCCCGGCUUUGGCGGCGCAAAGGCGAUGGAGAUCGUGGGCAGGGAGCUCGGCGCGCCGGUCGAGGAGGUCUUCGACUCGUUCGAGGAGGAGCCGAUUGCCGCGGCGUCGCUCGGGCAGGUGCACCGCGCCGUGUACAAGGGCAUGCCUGUGGCGGUCAAGGUGCAGCGGGCGGGCUUGCGCGAGCUGUUCGACACGGACCUGAAGAACCUCAAGGUGCUCGUCAAGCUGCUCGACAAGUUCGACCCGAAGUCGGACGGCGCCGACCGGUCGUACUCGGACAUCUACGAGGAGUCGUCCAAGCUGCUGUACGAGGAGAUCGACUACGGGCUCGAGGCGGCGAACUGCCUCCGCUUCGCCGAGUCGCUGCAGCAGGCGGGCCUCGACUACGUCCGCGUGCCGCAGGUCUACAACGAGGUGACCACGCCGCGCGUGCUCACGCUCGAGUACGUGCCCUCCUUCAAGCUGACCGACCUGCCGAGGGUCGAGGCGGCGGGCCUCGACCCGAAGCUGCUCGCCAAGAGGACGGCGGACGCCUUCCUCACCCAGGACGGCAAGCUGGUCUACUACGACUGCGGCAUGAUGAACGAGCUUCAGCCCAACGUCUUCAGCGGCUUCAAGGAGGCGUGCGGCGCCGUCUUCGGAGGAGGGCCCUUCAUCUCCGAGCUGCAGCUCGCAACGAACGCGAAGAGGCUCGUGGACGCUCUCGAGCUGAUGGGGGCGAGAUCUAGCCGAGACGGGUCUGCCGAGACGGAGCAGGUGCUCGCAAAGUCGGCGGACCGGCUGGCGGUGGAGAAGCUCGCUCGCUACUUCAUCCGCACCUUCAAGCAGAUCCAGCAGGGCAAGGCGGCGUCCAAUAUCAAGACGACGCUCGGCGCAGACCUGCAGGCGCUGACUGAGCAGCAGGUCUUCCGCUUCCCCUCCACAUUCACCUUCAUCUUCCGCGCCUUCGCGUCGGUCGACGGCAUUGGCAAGGGGCUCGACCCCGAGUACGACCUCGCCAAGUUCGCGCAGCCCUUCAUCGAGUCGCUGCAAGACUCGAGCGAGACGCCCCUCGCCAAGCAGCUGCGAGUCUUUGGCACCGCGACCGGACUGCGCGCCAGCGACAUCGACACGGCCAUCACACAGCCGAAAAAGGUUGCGUACCUCGAGCAAACGGUGCGGGCGAUGGAGCAGGGGCAGCUCAAGAUCCGCGUGCGCUCCAUCGAGAACGAGCAGGCGCUGGCGCGCCUCGCGUUGUCUGGCGAGGUGACGAACAAGCUGCUGGCCUCCUCCAUACUCCUGAAUCUCGGCCUCGCGGGCGUCGGCGCUGUGCCGCGUGCCGUCUGGUUCGCCGCCGCCGCCGUGAUGGGCGCGCAGACGGCAGCGGCGAACCUCAAGAUUAGUUUGUUCGACAAGAAGGCGGCCAAGUACGAGUCAAAAGAGUUCAACUGAGGCCUCAAGUCGUCAUGUACUGUUCGUGCGGUUGGCGGCAUAUCUCGGAGAGCGGCCGCUGUGUGGUCGCCGAGCACGCCGACGCCCCUAGGAGUCGGGGUCGGGGUGUCGGGCCGCGUGUUCGUAUUUGUUCUCUCGCGCUACGCGGUGACGGGUGACG